AUGACUGGGCGCAAGAGCGCCGUCCCGUGGCGCACGUGGACCGAGUGGCAGGACGUGCGCGAAGGGCUCUUCAGCCGCGACCUCUACGCGCAGCAGCGCAGCAUCGCCCGCGUCGCGGCCUGGCGGAGCCGCAUGCAGCUCCCCGUGGCCGUCAACGCCACGGCGCAGCUGGCGGAGCUCCAGCUCCACGAGGCUAUGGCCCAGCACCAUCACCACGCCGUCGGCGUCAGCUCGCGGUCGCACAUGGAGCUGUCGCUUCUGUACGCGAACGUCGUUGUGCGCUGCGUGAACGGCCUCGUCGACGGGUCGCAGAGAGGCGCGUACGCGAUGGCCGUGAGCACAUUGGCUCAGCGCAUUGGCAUUCCGCUGUGGGUCGUGGAUUUGCGACACGAGUCGACGCACAAUCAGCUGCCGUCGCUAUCGGUGCUCCGGUUCGCUGCUCGUCAUUUGCUGGCGUGGCUGCGGGUCAAUUACUGGGGAGCUCAGGAAGAGCUGAUCCGCGAACAGGUGCAGCACGUGGCCCAGUGGCUAUUGGCGCAGUUGCCGCACUUGCAUCGAGAGCCACGAAGUGAUGAGGAGCAGGUAGAGUUGAGGCUGGAGGAGGAGGCUGUUGAGGGGCAAACGAUGCCAAAGUUGAGGCUGGAUGUGGAGAAUCUGCGGAACAUUGUGGGGCCUUUGCUGGUGAACGGCGAGCACUUUCGAGAGCGUGUCGCACCGUGCGGACUGUUUUUCCUGACCGCGUCUGUGGCGGUAGAGGGACAAGAAGUGAGGGACGCUGUGGACGUGUUCCAGGAAGAAUUGGAUGCAGCAGUUGCGUUGUUGCUGCGGCUUCAGCCAUUGUGGAGGAGCUUCAGUGCGUUGUUGCUAGCAACCCUCUGUCACAAAGUAUUUGACGACCUUUGUUCACCGACGUCUCGUUGUUCGAGUGAAGACGACAGUGGACAAAGCAUACACGGCAAACAGGACGAGCACACUUUUGGGACGAACGAGAUGGAGAUGACAUUGCAGUGGAUCAAGUUCAUGGCAAGCAGCGAGUAUCGUGAGAAAGUCAAGCUUCAGAUCGGCCCUGUUGAGGACUUGUGCCACUGCGGCGCUGAGAUGCUAGUCCUUGCUGAGAGACUGAAGUCUGACGGUGUUGCAAGUGGUCGAACGGAGCUAUUGGAGCGUUUGCUAGCCGCGCUAAGAUUCAGCAGGGCGGUCCGAAACCAUCCAUUGCUUGCAACUGAAGCGGCGAUUGCCACUAGCUUAGCCUCCCAGUCUGCAUCAGGUUGGACCCAGCUUCCUGCGUGGGCGGAGAGCCCCAUUGGUCUUCGCUAUCGCUUCACACCUUCCCACGCCUUGAACCAGCACCAAGUGCGUGAGUACGCGUUUGACGAUGAUAGUCUCACGUCAGACACGACGACAUUUGUCGCUCCUGAUGAUGACGUGGAAGCGCAAGAUGCAAACACAAGCGAUGUUGACGCUGUCAUGGAAGACUUGGACGCAGCCUAUAUGGCCACACUCCAACGGAUCGUUACUCUGCAAGCCACGAUUGCCCGAGAUGGCCUUCGGCAAGGCGGCAGCACGACGGUGUUGCCAAAACUAGAGCUUCAGCGCAUUCAAGAGGAGAUUGAGAUUUGGUGA